GGGCUGAGGCGCCUCAGCGGGGCAGUGCGGAGCGGAGCGCCGGGGAUGCGGAGCGGCCGGGCCCCGGGCAGAUGAUGGCGAUACGCGAGCUCAAAGUGUGUCUGCUUGGAGAUACUGGGGUUGGGAAAUCGAGCAUCGUUUGUCGGUUUGUCCAGGACCACUUUGAUCAUAACAUUAGUCCUACUAUCGGAGCAUCCUUCAUGACUAAAACUGUGCCAUGUGGGAAUGAGCUUCAUAAAUUUCUGAUCUGGGACACAGCUGGUCAGGAACGGUUUCACUCCUUGGCUCCCAUGUACUACCGAGGUUCAGCAGCAGCYGUGAUAGUGUAUGACAUCACCAAACAGGAUUCAUUUCAUACUUUGAAAAAGUGGGUGAAAGAACUAAAAGAACAUGGUCCUGAAAACAUUGUAAUGGCCAUCGCUGGAAACAAAUGUGAUCUUUCUGAUAUCAGGGAGGUUCCUAUGAAGGAUGCCAAAGAAUAUGCAGAAUCUAUAGGUGCAAUUGUUGUUGAAACCAGUGCAAAGAAUGCUGUUAACAUUGAAGAACUUUUUCAAGGAAUAAGUCGGCAAAUUCCACCCUUAGAUCCUCAUGAAAACAGUAACAAUGGAGCAAUUAAACUUGGAAGGCAGACUUCACAGACGGGUAGGCGGUGCUGCUGACCCAACUUGAUCUUUUUAGAUUUACUUGAAAAACAGCACCAUUUUCUUUUUUUUUUUUUUUUUCACUGAGAAAGGACUUUAUGAUCUCAGUGACGUGGCUCCUUAUCUUGAAAGCAGUAAUUUCAAUACUUCCCAUGAGCAAUAACGCAAGGACCAGAAGCACAAGGCUUUACUUCAAAGGGAUUUUGCAAAACCCAGUUGGAAAAUCCUCUCUAAUAUCCUGUCAAAAUUACAAUGUCAGAGUACUCUGAUUCUCUGUUUAAGCCAGUGACUGUUCUUUUUUUUUCAAUAAAAAGAUCAGUUUAUAUAUAAAAUUCAGAUUUGCUGCAAAAAAUUAUCUUUUUACAUUUGCAAAGUGGACUUGGCAUGUUUUUAGAAUUUUCUCUGUAAUAAUAGGCUGAAAAAAAMCCAUAAAACCUGAAUUUUGGCUUACGAUUCCUCUGCCAUCUUUUUAGCUGGACUCUGCUUUACUAUUUUUCUAAAUCUGCAGCUUCAUCUCCUACUUUCAGUAAACAUCAGCAAGAAAUGAACUGAAUUUGCUAAGUGAAGAAAAAAAAUGGAUCCAAAGGAUGAGCGAACGCCGGUUUUAUGGACUAGAAGUCAAAAUCUGUGUCAGGAAGUGCUGUGUAUGUGGAAGAAGGAGUUGUCAUGAAGGAACAACUGCUGGACCCUGUACAGUUCCAGUGUGCUCCAGAAAGAAGUGAAAAUACUGCCACUGUGCUGACUGGAAUGGUUCCCUGUGCAGGGUGGGGGCUUCAGUAAUGACAGAAAAUGUAAAAAGAGCAUAAAUACAGGUUUAAUCUCCACUGCUUACCUGGGUUCCUCCAAAUGUGUGCCCCAGGSCARAGUUGUCUCUGUUCAAAGUUGCCURUUCCUUGGUUUAUAAAAGAGGGUGCCACAGUGCCAAUUCCUCAUGGUCUCACUGCAGUGCUCCAAGAGGUGUUCCAACCUCCAAGGAACGAUAAUUCUGUACAGAAACGGUGUUAAGAGAGCACAAUAUAAUUUUUGGGGUUAGAGGCUGGAAUCUAAUAAAACAAACGUGAGUGUUUGCUUGCAAAUGUAAUUCCCUGAAUUUGUGGAAUAGUCUCCUCAAUUGUGUGGGGAUUGGGUGUGGAAGACACAUUGUGUGAUAUCUUUGAAGCAUGGUGCACUUGGAAAUGCAGUGUAGGAAAAAGUUCCUACAGAGGGUUAUGAACUAGAAAUAAUACAAAACUGUGUAUGUUUUCCAUUUCCAUCUCUUGUGAAUGUGUGUGACUGAGWUGAUAAAAUCCAAAUUUAUCUUUUUCAUCAAUUUCAGUGGAAAUGGGAAUUAGAGUAAGAAAUGCUGGAUUCAACACCAGAGCCCAGCCUGCAUUCCACAACAUUAAUUUGCUCUCUUAUGAGGAAAAUUAUCGUCACUGCACAUUUUCAGGAGGGCUUAUGAAAAGCAAACAAAAGGGAAAAAUAACUUUCCACAAUAAAUCAUGAGCAGACAGCCUAGAGCGUGGUUUCCGUGUUGAUACAUAAAAAACCCAGACCUUAUUGGCUGGUUGUGAGAUUGCUUUGAUAAAAUGUCACUAAUUGUUAGGGCUUGAAACAGAGCCAGAUAAAAUCAACAGGAACAUUUUGUCUCCAGAGGGUUUGGAGUAGUAUAGGUGGGAGACAUCCCUCUGGAUUUUAUCCAAGAAUCUACACUGCAUUGUAUUUUCAUAUGUAAUGAAUUUCUCCUGCAUUUUGGCCUCCUUUGAAAACGCUCUUACUAGAAAAUACGCCCUUGGAUAUUUUGGGUAAACUUUAAGUUUUCAGCUGUGCUGAUGUAUGAUCCAUGUCUCUGAGUCAUUKCAUCAGGGUUAUUUAAGUGAAAAUUCAGUAAUCUUUGUUGUUGAUAGCUGGGGAGGGAGAUAGGCUGCUAUAGGGAACAUUUAAUUCCAUCCUGCUUCAAGCAAGUCUGCCAGGGAUGUCUGGCUCUUUCACUUGGCUGGGGAGGGAGAAGCUUAACCUGGCCUUCAGUGCUAAGGAAAUACCAAACUUACAAACAUCAUAGAUUCAUACGUUUAAUGGGGUCUAUGACCAUAUAUGGUCCAAUGCUGGCAGAGAUCUGAUUCCUUCUAGGUAAAACCCAGUAAGAGGYUAGACCAGUUACCCAGAAAACAAGGUGAGAUUGAACCCAUGUUAUUAAAGGUGUCAUAAAUUUUAGUUCAACCUAUAGCAGUUAUCCAUAAUUGAUUUUUAAACUUUUGUAAAUCAUUGUUCCUUUUGGUUUUUUAU